AUGGCUUCCUGGGAGGUGGCCACAGGAACGCUCUUCUUAGCUCAGGUCAUAUGUGGAAUUCUGGGGAACUUCUCUCUUCUUUCCCAUCAUGUCUUCCUUUCCUUGACUGGAUUCAAGGCAAGAUGCACAGAUUUGAUUCUGAGGCACCUCCUUGUAGCCAACUGCUUGGUCAUUCUCUCCUAUGGAGUGCCACAGGCAGUGGCAGCUUUAAGGUGGAAAAAUCUCCCUAGCGAUGCCGAGUGCAACCUUCUUUUCUACAUACAAAGAGUGUCCAGGGCCAUGUCUAUCAAAAGCACCUGCUUCCUGAGUAUCUUCCAGGCCAUCACCAUCAGCCCCAGGAACUCUAGGUGGGCAGAGCUUAAAGUCAAAGCUCCCAGGUACAUAGUCCUCUCCUCCAUGCUGUGCUGGAUCCUGAACAUGUUACUAAAUACCAUUUUCCCCAUCUAUGUGACUAGUAAGUGGACCAACACAAGCAUCACAAAGAGAAAAGACUAUGGGUACUGUAAAGCUGUCUUCCAAGACACCUUCUCAGUCUCCCUGUUCUUGGCACUAUUGUUGUUGCCUGAUGCUGUGUUCUUGGGGCUCAUGCUCCUGGCCAGCAGCUCCAUGGUGUUCAUCCUGCACAGACACAAGCAGCAGGUGCAGCACAUUCAUGGGACACAUGCUUCCCCCAGGACUUCCCCUGAAUCCAGAGCUACUCGGAGCAUCCUUGCCCUGGUGAGCACAUUUGUAUUUUUCUAUACAGUCUCCUCCACUUUCCAAGUGUAUUUGGCUCUUUUCAGUAAGCCCAGUCGGUUGACAGUGAACAUGUCUGCAUUAUUUGCUGGCUGUUUCCCAACUCUUAGCCCCUAUCUUCUCAUGAGCUGUGACUCCAGGGUAUCCAGGCUCUGCUUUGCCUGGAUAAGGAAUACAAAGUCCCCCAACAUUAUCAGAAACAUGUACAUUGUAUUUGUUUUAUGA